CCCAAUACACAAAUAACGUAACCUGCUAUUUACUUCAAGCCGUUACGCUUGAUGUCUUUUUUAUGCAAUAUAGUCACGAUUUCAAUUCGUCAAAGAAAACUAGAGACGGAAGUGUACGGUGUUUUUAAUAGCCGCAGCUGUAAUUUACUCAUUUGUUCCAUCGGGCAAACUGGUGGAAAUUUUGUUUUAGCGUUUCGUUACUGGGAUCUUUGUAAGGGAUGCGUAAUGGAUUUAAAACGUUUGUGUCGUUCGCGAUCGGCGUGUUUCUGGCCACCGUGUGUACCGAGCAAGCCACAGCCUCAACCCCUGUUCCAAUUCGCUGUCUAAACGGCAGGAUUACCUAUGCUGGAACUGGCUUUCAACGCUGCGAGUGUUACCCAGGGUUCAUAGGACCAGCAUGUCAAUGGGCUUAUCGACCCACACGCCCUCCAAUCCGCUGCGUGAACGGAGUGAUUACCAGUGCUGGGACUUCAUAUCAACGCUGCGAGUGUAAUCCUGGGUUCAUGGGACCAGCAUGUGAUUUAGACAGGAAUUGGCUUUUCCCCACCACCCCGCCUCCAAUCCGCUGCGUGAACGGAGUGAUUACCAGUGCUGGAACUUCAUAUCAACGCUGCGAGUGUAAUCCUGGGUUCAUGGGACCAGCAUGUGAUUUAGACAGGAAUUGGCUUUUCCCCACCACCCCGCCUCCAAUCCGCUGCGUGAACGGAGUGAUUACCAGUGCUGGGACUUCAUAUCAACGCUGCGAGUGUAAUCCUGGGUUCAUGGGAUCAGCAUGUGAUUUAGACAGGAAUUGGCUUUUACCGACCACCCGGUCUCCGACCCGCUGCGUGAACGGAUAUAUUUCAAGUGAUUGGAGUGGGAUCUUUCAACACUGCGAGUGUUACCCUGGGUUCACGGGGAGAACUUGUGAAUGGGCUAGUCCUCUUGAGCAGACCACACGGGGACAGCAGGAAAGUCUGUCCAGCUCCACAAGGAAUGAUGUGUUCCUUAUUGUUGGAGUACCGGUGGGUGCCCUGAUAGUGGGUGCAGGCAUUUUGGCCGUUGUAUUCGUUUGCAAACGACGACAACGACUUAACAAUCAAGUGAUCGCUGCGAAUGCGCGACGCCAACCACGGAACCUGCGAACCGGAGGCAGUCAUGGUAUUUAUGCAAUUCCUUGCGAUCUUGACGUUAAGCUUCCCCCGUACACUCCGCCGACCUUACCGCCGCCAUACGACCACCUGGAUAACAAUAGAGCAGGACUCGUGGUUGGUAAAGACUACUUGUCCCCACCCCCGUCGUAUUGCACCAACCUGGGCUACCAAACCAUGUCUUCUGUCCAAACGGUGUCUGUCGGAGACAAUGUUUGCGUCGGUCAAAUCCAACUCAGUCAGAUCCAAAAGGGCGGACGUGUAGCGCGGAGCGCUAUCACAGUCACGUUAUCCGCGCAUAUGAAACGAACAAUUGUGUUUGACAUUGUUGUGUUAACUUUCUUCAGUCUUUACUUGUGAAAAAACGAUACUAGGUUAUUUUCUUAUGAACUGUGGCUCGAAUUUACGCAUAAGAACACACACGUAUUAUAAAUAUGUAUAUACAAUUAUCUUGUGUGUGUAUAUUGAAGACACGUGUGUGUCAUAUAUUAUCUAAUAUUAUUUGGUCUUUAUGGCAUCAGUAUGUUUUGUAAAUUCAUUACGUUAUAAUAUAAAUACACAUUCAUUUUACCGCAUCACAUUCCAGUUUGCACGGUUGUCUUUCUAGCGGGAGUACUUUUGCUGCUCUGGUCUUGCAAGAAUCGCAAGUUCUGUAAGACCUACCAGAAACAAAAAGCGAAAACAAGCUACAUAAUGUCUUCGAUAUCCACAAAUACACCUUUGAUGUGGAACAGAAACCCAAGCAACAGUACGAAAACAAGCUCCACGGCAACUUAAUGUCAGACCGAAAACAAGCUCCACGGCAACUUAAUGUCAGACGAAAACAAGCUCCACGGCAACUUAAUGUCAGACGAAAACAAGCUCCACGGCAACUUAAUGUCAGACCAAAAAUUCAUGAACACAGCCUCUUUCCAUGUCCCGAAUCACGUAAAAUCACGUCACCACUUUACCCGACCUCCGCCAUAUACCACAUCGGAUACCGACAGAAUAUAAAAGGGGUGGGGCUCAAUGAAGAACGUGAAGAACAAGACCCAUCCCGACGUUGUAAAUAAUCGUUGCUUGUCGAACAUGGAGAGAAAAUGAAAGGCCAGUUGCCAGUUUUUGUUUCCAGGAAGAGCGACCGCCAUACGCUUAAUAAAAUAAUGAUAAACUUUUACUCGAAGAUAAAUGCGAGUAAAAUCAAAUGCAAAAUCGCAUGCCAAGUUCUGUUUACACUUUAAAACAUACACCAUUUUUUGUAAAGCAGAUAAUUCAGCAACAGCAAAAUCAACACUAAAUUUGAGCACGCACACCGUUAAAAAAGUAAUAUAUUAGCAAUACAUACAUAUACAAGUAUUUGUAUUUGUACAGUUACAUGUAUUAAACUGAAGUUUUAUUGUUUAGCUUGCUUCAAUAUAUAUUUUAGUUUUUUCCAUUUAUUUACUUUCUGCUUCUUGCACGUUGCUUGUAUUUGUUUCUGUAUUAAUAACUUGAUAAACAAAAUUUGGACAAAUCAAUACCAACAACACGUGAAACCGGUCCAUUUCAUUUCUUUACGACGUUUAUGCGGUUAGGUUGAUUUAAUAAACUGAUUCCAUUUAGUUGUUUGAAUAAAUAGCAUUGACAAGGUAUUUUCAUAUUGGUUUUUGCUUCGCCGCUAGUGUUUAAGAUAUGAACCAGACACUCUUCGUGUUUUUUGUUUUGUUUGUAUGGAUACUGUUGGUUGUAUUAAAAUAUACUAUUCAAGAAAUAAAGUGCUGAUCUUCUGUCAGAAAUGUA